AUGUCGACCGAGGAAGACACCGUCCAAGAAAAGAAGACAAUCUCCCUGAAGACCUCCGAUGACGAGGUCUUUGAAUUGGAGGAGAACGUGGCGAUGGAGUUCGGAACCGUCAAGGCCUUCUUCGGAGACGACGGGGUGCCCCGCGACAUGAUGAUGCCUAUACCUAACGUGCACAGCAAGGAACUGACGAGAAUCAUCGACUUCUGCACCAAGCACCUGGACUUGAAGCCGAAGGCUGAGCUCGACGAGGCCGGGAAGAAGGAGCUGAGGAAGUUCUAUAAAGAGUACAUGAAGGAAGACACCACCGAGCGCAUAAUGGAGCUCAUUCUGGCUGCGGAUUACUUGAAUGUGAAUGACUUUCUGGACUUGUUGAAUCAGACAGUGGCGGACCGGAUCAGUAACAAGAGCGUGGAGUAUGUGAGGAAAUUGUUUGGCAUUGAGAGCGAUUAUACUCCCGAGGAGGAGGAGGCGCUCCGGGAGCAGUAUGCCUGGGCUUUUGAGGGGGUUGAUGAAGAUCCUGCAGAAGACUGA